AUGUCGUUAUUACAUUUUCGUCGAGAAAUAAUUAAAUACAAAGUAAGACAAAGUCAUCAUACAAUAUUCAAAGCUUCUUUUUCUCAUACUCCCACUUCAAAUAGAGAACAAGAACCGUCAUCCUAUGAAACAUUGUUAGAUGAGAUCAAAACUGAAGGCGUUGAAGGAGGAAUAAAACAACCAACAAAACUUAAAGACCAAAGUGAAAUUAAAAGUACUAUUUAUAAUAUUUACAAAACUCAUGUGCAAUCAGGAGUUCAAUGGAUGGAUUUUAAAUUAGAAAAUCAAUCACUCAAAUUUACGAUUUUGCGUGAUUGUAUGUCAAAAACUGGUAGAAUCAUUCCAAAUCUUGAUCUCAACAAUAUGAAAACGAUGAAUGAUGUAGUAAGAUUUUAUUUAGGUGAAGAGAAACGAGAUAAUAGAAUUGGUCAUCCUGUUGCUGAAUGGUUUAUUGCCAAUAAAGAUAAAUUACCUCUCAAUAUGAAAUUCAUUCCUUAUGUAAAAGAGAGAGGAGUUAAAAGAGAAGAACGAUCAAAAAAACAGAAAAUCCCUAAAAAAGAAAAACAAAGAUUGGCUGUAGAAAAAGCGCGAAAAAAAGAAUUAUUAGCUCAGAAGAGGAAAUUAAAGCAACAGCUCGAAUACGCUCUUCAACACAGGGGUCAAUUUCCUGAUCCAGGUCCGUGGAAGAUCCCUCAAACGAAAAAUGUUCUUCUAAGAGAUACUCUUGGAAUUGAAGCUUUGCCUCGGCAACGUUUCAAUAAGACCAAGAGAACACCUUAUGUUCUUAAUAUCAUGGUUGUUGGCGAAAGUGGUCUUGGUAAAACAACCUUUAUGAAUACUUUAUUUAAUACGCCUCUCAAAGAAGAAAUCUAUCCCAAAAAUCCUCAAUCCACACAAACAGUAGAAAUUUCUCCUGUACAUUAUGAAUUGGUUGAGGAUGGAGUCAAGCUUAAUCUCACUGUUGUAGAUACACCCGGAUUUGGUGAUCAACUUAACCGAGAAAAUAAUCUUGAUCCUAUUGUCGAAUAUAUAGAUAAUCAAUUUGAAGUUUAUCAUGCAGCCGAACGUAGUUCGGAAUUUAGACGUGCAAUUCCUGAUACUCGUAUACAUGCAUUAUUAUACUUUAUUCCUCCAACUGGACACGCUCUCAAAGAACUUGAUAUAAAAGCACUUCAAGUUCUAUCUGCAAAAGUUAAUGUAAUUCCAGUUAUUGCCAAAGCUGAUACCCUUACACGGGAAGAGAAAGCUGCAUUUAAGAAAACUAUAUUAAGAGACAUUGAAAAUAAUGCCAUCACGAUUUUCCCUACCGCUUAUCCAGAUGAUCGAGAAAGUGUUGAAGACCUUGAGAAAUAUAUUCCAUUCACUGUAAUCGGAAGUGAUCAAUUUGUGGAUAUUGGUGGGAAAAAAGUACGUGGAAGAUCAUAUCGAUGGGGUGUUGUUGAAGUUCAUUAUCAUAAUUACCGUGCUCAAAAACUUCGAUCUAGUGGUCGUCCAGAGUCAAUUCUUGCUUGCGACGAUUCUUAUGAACAUAGGAUUGAAAGAAGCAAACAAAGUAUGGCAGAAGAUAUGAUUAAGAAAGAAGAGGAAAUGAGACAAAAUUUUGUAAUGAAAGUCAGAGAAAAAGAAGCAAAUUUGAGAGAAAGAGAAGAACAACGACAACAACUCAUGGCAGAAUUAGAAGAGCAACGUUCAGCUCUUGCAGCUGAGGAACGAGAAUUCCAAGAGUUUUAUAACGCUAGUCGGAAUGCUACGUAA